AUGUCUGCUUCUGUUGAAUCAAUUCCAACCGGACCAGCACCAACAACAACCACUACCACCACCGCAACUUCAUCACCAUCAUCUGAAAUUAAAGAUAAAUUUAUCUUUGGUAAUUUAGAAGUUAAAGUUAAGGAAGUUAAAGGUUGUCAAUUACAUUUCUUAAAUGUUAAAUGUGAAUUAGCUCAAAAGAAAACUGAAGUUAAAACCAAACCAUUAACCAAUCAUACAUUCUUUGAUGUUUUCUCAUUCCGUGUUACAGGUCAAACUAGUGAAUUAGAAAUCGAAGCAUGGAAAAAGAAUUUCUUAUUUAAAGAUAAAAUGACAGGUCAACUUAAUAUUCCAAUUAAUGAUUUAUUAAAUGCUGAUGGUGAAGCCAAAUGGUACCCAUUAACCAGCAAGAAAGCAAGAAGUAGCAGAAUCAAGAAAACAUCAAGUGAAGCUCCAUCAACCACUACACCAGAUGAUAAUGCUCAAGAAAAAGGAGUUGAUGAACAUCACUCUGCUGAAGACUCACCAGCUGAAGAAGCCCCAGCUUCACCAUCAGGCAGAGCUCGUUCAUUAAGUCUCCCAGCCAAAAAAGUCAAAGCCCCACCAGAAAUCUGUUUAGAAAUUAAAUUUGUUCUCAAUGAACCACCAAAAGAAGUACUCAAGGGAAUCAUCUUAGAUGGCCAAUGGAAUUCUGAAAACAAUUUUGGUAGUUUAAUUAAUAACCCACAUUGGAUCAAAUGCACCCAAUACCUUUUAACCGUAAAGAAUGAAGUUACCCCAGUUACCCUUAAACUUAGACAACCACAAGGUGUUGACCAAAGAGUUUCAUUCUUUGUUAUCAACUACGACUCAUUCUACAACGGUAGCAAGAAGGUCGUUUUAGAUACCACCAACGAUAUUAAGAAAGUUGAUAACUUUAUUUGUCCAAUUGCUGCCACCCAAGUCGAUUGCAGCAUCGAUCUCGAACCAGGCCAAUACUGUAUCAUUCCAUACGCUGAAACCUUUGCUUUCACUGGCUCAUAUAAAUUCAAUUUAGACUCUGAAAAAUUAGACAAUUGUGAAUUCUUUGUUCUUCCAAAGAAUGAAGAUGCCCAAUGGACCGAAAUUACUGUCGAUGGUUUAUGGACCACUGCUACCAAUGGUGGUGGUGAUAUUAAUAUUUUAGGUUGGACCAAAAACCCACAAUAUGCUUUCACUCUUACCAAAAAAGCCAGAGCCUGUGUCUUAUUAUCACAAGAUGACAAUGAAAAGAGUGUUGGUUUCUACGUUAUUAAACAAUUAGAUAGUGGUAAACGUGCCAUCGAAUUUAGAGAACAAGUUGGUAAGACCGAAUCAUUCAAAUUUGUUUGCUCCACUGGUUGCACCAUGACUCUUGAAGAGGGUACCUAUAUUGUUAUCCCAUCAACCUAUGAUCACGGUGUUGAGGGUGCUUUCCACUUAACUCUUUUCACUGAUGACAAACAAGCUUCAUUCGCUCCAUUAACUGAAGGUUUCGCUGAAGUCGAACAAGUUAAAGGUACCUGGGUUGGUAAAUCAGCUGGUGGUAGUCCAAAUCAACCAACCUUCUUUAAUAACCCACAAUUCCACCUUAAAGUUCCAGAUUCAGAUAAAGACCAAGUUCUUGCUAUUCAAUUAAUUCAAGAUUCAACCAUUGCUGAUGAAGGUAUUGGUUUCAUUGUUUUAUCACGUGAUUCACAUGCUGAACCACUCACUGCUGUCGACUUCCAAAAUGAAAUGGUCUUCAGUAAAACUGGUAAUUGGGAAAAGAGAAAUGAUAUUGUUUGCAGAGUUACCAUUAAACCAGAUUCACCAAGAGAAUUUACUAUUAUUCCAUCCACUUUUGAUCCAAAUGUAAAUAGAUCUUUCAAACUCCAAAUUUAUUCAGAUGUUGCUAUUUCAUUGGAUGAAAUUGAAGCUAAAGAAGAAAGUAGUGAUAGCGAAGGUUCAAACUUAAAAAAAAAAAAAAAAAAAAAAAAAAAAAAACUAUAA